GUUACACUGAAAUCAUCCCACACAUGGAAUGCGGCCUGUCCCCCGGAAGGAAGAGCUCAGGCUGGGGAAGGAGCCAUGCCAAGCUCAGGGGAGGAGCCACAGGCUGCAGUGGGAUAGAAGUGGAAUUACUGGCCAAAGGGCACUCAGACUUGGGAGAAGCAGCCCCAGAAAUAAAAGCAUCAGAGAGAAGAGCAACCGUGGCGAUUGCAGAUUUGGAAUGGAGAGAAAUGGAAGGAGAUGACUGUGGGUUCCAUUAUGGAGAUGGUACGAAUGAGGCUCAGGACAAUGACUUCCCCACAGUGGAGAGAAGCAGGCUGCAGGAAAUGCUGUCCUUGUUGGGACUGGAGGCCUACCAGGGGCAGAGGCUCAGCCUGCAGGACUCCCUGCAGAUCAGUUUUGACAGCAUGAAGAACUGGGCCCCUCAGGUUCCCAAGGACCUGCCCUGGCAUUUCCUCAGGAAGCUGCAGGCCCUCAAUGCCGAAGCCAGGAAUACCACCAUGGUGCUGGACAUGCCUGCAGAUGCCCGGCCGGUGGAGAAGGAGAGUCAGAUGGAGGAGGAGAUGAUCUACUGGGACCCAGCCGAGGACAUUGCUGCUGACGACAUCUACUCCUUCUCGGAGCUGCCCACGCCCGACACGCCAGUGAACCCCCUGGACCUCCUGUGCGCCCUCCUGCUCUCCUCAGACAACUUUCUGCAGCAAGAGAUCAUCCUGAAGAUGUCCCUCUGCCAGUUUGCACUUCCACUUGUGUUGCCAGACUCAGAAAACCACUACCAUACCUUCCUGCUGUGGGCCCUGCGGGGCGUUAUGCGGACGUGGUGGUCCCAGACGCCACGGGGCCUGGGAAGCUUCCGAGAGGACAGUGUGGUCCUGUCCAGGGUGCCCACCUUUGCCUUUGUGCGCAUGGAUGUGAGCAGCAACUCCAAGUCCCAGCUGCUCAACGCCAUCCUCAGUCCGGGCCGCCGGCAGUGGGACUGCUUCUGGCACCGGGACCUCAGUUUGGGCACCAACCCCCGGGAGAUCGCAGAUGGCUUGGUAGAGAUUUCCUGGUUUUUCCCCAGUGGCAAGGAGGACCUGGACGUUUUCCCAGAGCCCGUGGCCUUUUUGAACCUGAGGGGCGACAUUGGCUCUCACUGGCUGCAGUUUAAGCUCCUGACAGAAAUCUCCUCGGCUGUAUUUAUCCUGACUGACAACAUCAGUAAGAAGGAGUACAAACUCCUGUGCUCCAUGAAGGAGUCAACUACAAAGUACUAUUUCAUCUUGAGUCCCUAUCGGGGGAAGCGGAACACAAACCUGCGCUUCCUGAACAGACUGACCCCCGUGCUGAAGAUAGACCACUCUCACGUCCUGGUGAAGGUCAGCAGCACCGACAGCGAGGGCUUCGUGAAGAGGCUGCGCGCCAUCGUGGGCAGCGUGGCAAGGGGACCCUGCAGGAGGGUGUCGGUGGAGGACAUGGCGCACGCAGCCCGCAAACUGGGCCUCCGCAUCGAUGAGGACUGCGAGGAGUGUCAGAAGGCGAAGGACCGGAUGGAGAGAAUCACCAGGAAGAUCAGGGACGUGGAUGCCUACCGGCGGGAAGAGCUGCGGCUGCAGGGCGACCUGGGGCGGAAGGCCGCGCAGGUGGAGAGGGAGUUCUGCCAGCUCCAGUGGGCCCCGGAGCCGCCCGAGAAGCACCGUGGAGAGCUGAGGCGGCGGCUGCUGGAGCUCCGGAUGCAGCAGAGUGCCCAGGAGCCCUCCACAGGGCUGCAGGACUUCAUCGUGGGCAUCAGCAGCCCUUCCGCGGGUGAGCGGCAGUACUUCCUGAGGUGGAUGGAGUGGGGGCUGGCUCGGGUGGGCCAGCCGAGGCUGAGGCAGCCCCCAGAAUCCCUCCUUGCACUGAGGCCGAAGCUUGGAGGGGCCUCAGACUUCAGCGAGCCACUCUGGCCAGAGCCCCUGGGCGUGGAGCACUUCCUACGGGAGAUGGGGCAGUUCUAUGAGGCCGAGAGCUGCCUAGUGGAGGCCGGCAGGCUGCCAGCUGGCCAGAGGCGCUUCGCUCACUUCCCAGGCCUGGCUGCUGAGCUGCUGCUGGCGGGACUGCCCCUGGAGCUGGUUGACGGGGGCACCCUGAGCAUCCCAGUGCGCUGGGUCACGGGGCUGCUCAAGGAGCUGCACACCCGCCUGGACAGGAGGUCUCGGCUGGUGGUCCUGUCUGCCCUGGGGGUGCCGGGAACAGGAAAAUCCACACUUCUCAACACCAUGUUUGGCCUGCGGUUUGCCACGGGGAGGAGCUGCAGUCCCCGGGGGGCCUUCAUGCAGCUCAUCACUGUGGCCGAAGGCUUCAGCCAGGACCUGGGCUGUGACCACAUCCUGGCCAUUGACUCUGGGGCACUGAUCAGUGGGGCCUUGGCCUCGGCAGGGGACAGGUUUGAGCUGGAGGCUUCCUUAGCCACUCUGCUCAUGGGGCUGAGCAACGUCACUGUGGUCAGUUUAGCUGAAACAAGGGACAUUCCAUCAGCGAUUCUCCAUGCAUUUCUGAGGUUGGAAAAAACAGGGCACAUGCCCAACUGUCAGUUUGUAUACCAGAGCCUUCAUGAUGUGCCUGCCCCCAGCCCCAAGCCGAGAGAGAGGAGGCAGCUCCUGGAUCCACCCGGCGACCUGAGCAGAGCUGCCGCCCAAAUGGAAAAGCAGAGUGGUGGCUUCCGGACGCUGGCGGGCCUGGCCUUCUGCGACCCCGAGAGGCAGCAUGUCUGGCACGUUCCAGGCCUGUGGCAUGGAGCCCCGCCCAUGGCUGCUGUGAGCUUGGGGUACAGCGAGGCCAUUUUUGAAUUGAAGAGAUGCCUGCUAGAAAACAUCAGGAAUGGCUUGUCCAACCAAAACAAAAACAUACAGCAGCUCAUUGAGCUCCUCCCUGAUCCUUGCCCAGGAAGCGUUCAUCAAUCACCCUGUCAUGCCCUAGCACUUUGUCAUACUUCUGCCUCAGCACUUCAUGGCGCAUUGUCACUCGUGUGUUUACUGUCUGCCCCAGACUGUGAGUCCUCGAGGGCAGUGACUGAACACCAUUCAGCUCUGUGUCCCCAGGGCCCGACACACUAUAAGCGCUUAAUAAAUGUUUGUUGAAUGAAUGAAAUCUCA